AUGCAGUCCACACAGUGCUCACAGCUCUCACAGCUCCUCCUGCUGCUGCAGUUGCUCAUUCUCGCGGCCGUUUCUCGCGGGGAUGUCAACCGACUGGUGCUGGACCAGCUCAACCAGGUGGGAUUGGUCAAUCUCAUCGAGCAGGCCACGCGACCGAAUGUGCCCAGAGAUCUAUCCACCUAUGACUUCAUUGUGAUUGGAGCCGGAGCAGCUGGUUGCUCGUUGGCGGCCCGCCUCUCGGAGAAUCCCCAGUGGUCGGUGGCGCUCAUCGAAGCUGGUGGCGUGGAGAACAUAGCGCAUCAGACGCCAGUGGUGGCCGGCUAUCUGCAGCAGACAUCCUCGAACUGGGGCUACAGGUCGGUGCCACAGAAGCUAUCCUGCCACGGCAUGAACAACAAUGAGUGCGCCCUGCCGCGGGGCAAGGUGCUGGGCGGCACCAGCUCCAUCAACUAUAUGAUCUACAAUCGGGGCAAUCGCCGGGACUUUGAUGCCUGGGCGGCAGCUGGCAAUCCCGGCUGGAGUUACGACGAGGUGUUACCCUAUUUUCUGCGCUCUGAGAAUGCCCAACUUCAAGGAUUGGAGCAGUCGCCGUAUCACAAUCACAGUGGUCCGCUGAGCGUGGAAUAUGUGCGCUUUCGAUCGCAGUUGGUGGACGCGUUCGUGGAGGCGUCGGUGGAGUCGGGACUGCCGCGCACGGACUACAAUGGCGAGUCGCAGCUGGGGGUGUCCUAUGUGCAGGCCACCACACUGAAUGGACGCCGGCACUCGGCGUACUCGGCGUACAUCAAACCAGUGCGGGAUCUGCGCGCCAACCUGCAGAUAUUCACCUUUUCCCGCGUCACACGCAUUCUGAUCGAUGAGGCAACGCAAUCGGCCUACGGCGUGGAGUUUCACUACAAAAACAAGGCCUAUACCUUCAAGGCCCGCAAGGAGGUCAUCCUAUCGGCGGGCACCUUCAACUCGCCGCAGUUGCUGAUGCUGUCGGGGAUUGGGCCAGAGGAUAACCUCAGGGCCAUUGGCAUACCGCUGAUCAAGGCGCUGCCGGUGGGCAAGCGCAUGUUCGAUCACAUGUGCCACUUCGGACCCACCUUUGUGACCAACACCACGGGCCAAACGACCUUCACGUCGCGGGUCACGCCGGCUGAGGUGAUAUCCUACCUCCUGGCCGGAAACCCAGCCACGCGCCUAAGUUCCAUUGGCGGCGUCGAAGCCCUGGCGUUCCUCAAGACGCAGCGAUCGAGUUUGCCAAGGGAUUGGCCGGAUGUGGAGUUGAUCAUGGUCACUGGCAGCUUGGCCAGUGACGAAGGCACCGGCCUGAAGUUGGGUGCCAACUUCAAGGACGAAAUAUACGACAAGAUGUACAGGGAACUGGCGCAGGCGCAGCAGGAUCACUUCACCCUGCUGGUCAUGCAGUUCCAUCCGCAGUCGGUGGGUCGCCUCUGGCUGAAGGAUCGCAAUCCAUUGGGCUGGCCCAAAAUCGAUCCCAAGUACUUUGUGGCCGAGGAGGACGUGGAGUACCUACUGGACGGCAUCAAAGCCAGUCUGAGGAUCAUGGAAAUGCCAGCGAUGCAGAGGAUUGGCGCCAGGCUGCUCAAGCGCACAGUGCCAGGAUGCGAGGGUCACCAGUUCGCCUCGGAUGACUACUGGCGCUGCUCCAUACGCACGCUGUCCUACACACUGCACCACCAGGUGGCCACCUGUCGCAUGGGCGCCGAGAGUGACCCCACCACCGUGGUCAACCAUCAGCUGAAGGUGCACGGCAUGCGGAAACUCCGGGUGGUGGACACCAGCAUCAUCCCAUUCCCGCCCACCGCCCACACGAAUGCAGCGGCCUUCAUGAUCGGGGAAAAGGCGGCGGAUAUGAUACGAUCCGACUGGGAGUCGAUCUAA